CGAAGGCGAGGCGGAAUGGAGGCUGGAUGAAGAGCCGGACCGAGACACAAUCGGUCUGCAGAGAUGUUGAGCGGCCUCUGUGAUUCAGCUGCUGUGAUCUUGGUGUUCAAGGCUGCUGAAUACUAAAACAGACUGGGCCAACACAACAGGUCUACUUAGGAAACAACAAUCCAGCCAGAACUUCCAAAGCUCCUCAUCACCGCAGCCCUUUUGGGGUUGCUAUGGCAGCUGCUGUCACAGAAACCAAGUGCUGGAAACAGGCUUUCCUCAGCAGGCCAGGACAGACCACUAGUCAUUGCCGCAAAAAAACAUCAAACAGUCAACAAACAGCACUUAGCAUUAACUCUAGCACUCCAAGUUAACAAAGCAACCAGAGGACUGCAGGCUGAUGGUCAGCUGUGUGGCGAAACCUCAUGAGUCUUGUCUGUGUCUGUUUAGGCUCAUGGCAAGAGUCCUUGUGCAGCAGCAGAGCCAGUACUGUUCCUAGACCAUGUUCCACCAGCAGGACAAUCUGAAGAGCCAUUUGCAGGAAAGCCACCCAGCCAGCAGGCAGCUCUUUCACUGCCAGGAGUGUGGGAAGCAGUACAACACUCAGCUGGGUUAUCGACGCCACCUGGUGGCAGCCCACAGUGCUGCAACAGGCCUGCCUUGUCCAGAGGGGGUACCGUCCCUCCUAGAGCAACUAGGCGGCCAUACAGACAGGCCUCCACCCUCAGAGGGUAACACUAAUGCUGCUGUGCCAGUGAGAGAGAGGAAGUACUCGUGUGAGCGAUGUGACCGUCGGUUUUAUACUCGUAAAGAUGUACGACGUCAUGCUGUGGUGCACACUGGGCGCCGUGAUUUCCUCUGCCCACGCUGUGAACAACGCUUUGGCCGCAGAGACCACCUGACCCGCCACUUGAAGAAAAGCCAUGCCCAGGAGUCGGGGUUGAUGCCAUCAUGUACUCCAGGUACUCCUUUGGCUACACCCAAUGCUGCCACCCAGUGCCCAUUGAAGGAGCCCAGCCCUGUGACCUCUGAGAUAGGCUCCAUCUCCAAGGAGCCCAUGGAGACUUUCCCCAGGGACAUGUACAACUCUUAUCCUAUGACCAAUGCUGUCCCCGGGAUGGGCCACCCUCAUGGCCUCAUGCAGGGUUCCUUAUCCUCAAGCAUGGGUGUGGGACGCCACAUUCCCCCCCAGUCUUCACACUCCCACCUCCAUCACCUGCAGCCCCCUGCAGCUCCACAGCAGCAGCCCUACAGCAACAUGGCCAGGUACCAGCAUGGAUCUACCUCAUAUCCUCGUGCCGACGUGGACAGUUUCCUGCUGGACCUGCAGAGUGUCCCACCACCACACCUGAGUGCAGUUAACUCCUCUACCUCUACUUCUGCCUCACCCCAGAGGGAGGUGCUAGGUGAAGGGGUGGCUUCUGGUGGCGACCCACACCUGCUGUGCCGGAGCCCUGCUGUGUCUUCAGCCGAGUUGUCCUGUACCACCAACAUGGACCUCGGGCCUCUGCUGGGGUUUUUACCUUUCAGCCUGCCGCCCUACAGCCCUCACAUGGGGAUGGGAGGGUUAGUGAUGAGCUAUCCACCUGCCACCACAACCACUUCCUCUCCAUCCUCUUCCACUGGGUUGUCCUCACAGGCCCCAGGCCCUUUCUCCUUCUUCCAGCCUCCCCAGGCUCAUGUACCCCAGGGCCCUGGAGCCCACAACCACAGCCAACUACCUCAGGCAUACAGUAGUCCUACUAUGAGCACUUCAAGCUCCCUACCUCACUACUACCAGGCCUUUCAGCAGUAAGCAGCUCUGUCCCCACAAACGUUUCCUUUGUCAUGCUCAUGGAAUUUUCAUGAAAAGGGUAAAACAUGAGAUCAGCAUCUUUAUGUAAAACACAUAUGAAACUUUCAUCUGUCAGUGCUUAUGAUGCUAAUCUUUGUAGUUUUUUUCGUUGAACACAACAAAUCACCUCGUCAGUAUUACCUCAUUAUUUAAAAGGAAGCUUGAACGUUUUAAGAAAUGUGAUGGUCUCACUACAACCAAAACGGAGAGCCUCUGUUGGUCAGACCCAUUACCAACAGUGGAACACUUGAAGCACUUCUUACAGGUGCUGCACAGUGCUAAAUUGUUCAGUUUUAGAUUAUCAAAAAAAUAGGUGAUGUUAAGAAAUAUUUUAACCAAUCUAUAUUAAAGAAAAUGUCCUACCUUAUUGAAGCUGAUUUGAGAUUUUCUAAUAUUUUAGAUGAGGUUUAGAUAGCCUUAGGUGGAGAGACAAAAUUGUGUUGGAAGUUCUCAUUUAAAGUAAACAGCAUUACACCAACCAUCAAAGUGCAUCAGCAGAUCAACCAUUAUUUCAAGUGGCAUAACUUUAAUAUUUAGGUUAGUAUGAGGCCAUGUAUCAGUGAAUGCAGUCACUAUUGUAGCAGUUAUCCGUAAUCAGGGUUAGGGUUAGGGUUAGGGUUAAAUCAGUUGCUCUAUAUUAAAAAAAUGUAACAGAGCGGCUCUUACAGCUGGAAUUUCACAUCUGAGCCCUGAGGGGCGUUAUUAGAUGGAGUUAUCUGAGGUGAGGUCUGUCAUGAUAACAAUUUUUUUUGGACGAUAUAUUGUCUCAUUGAACAUUGAUAUUAAUGUCAUAAUUUUUACUCUUUUAUUCCACUGAUAUAAUGGUUAAAUAAUUGAAUAAUUAUGCAACUAGACCCUUUCAAUUAGAAUUAAAGAUAUUAAAAUACCCAUUAUAAAUAAAAUGGAUAAAACAAAAUAAUUAAAAUGAGCUCUGUUAACAAAAAUUGCUCUUGAAUCAAUAUCAGGCACAGGAUAUAUAUUACCAGCUUGGUUAACUGGAUUGGAGGGUAACGAUUUAGAUGAGCUUUUCUAUUGUUUAAGGUUAGUAGUGUUUCCUCUAGAAUUAUGUGUGCGUGUUUGUCUCCUUGUCUCUGUUUCUCUUACACACAAACUGAUAGUCACAUUUAUUUAGUUAUUAAUUGAUGGUUUUGGAUCAGGAAUCCUGAUCAUUUUGGCUGUGUGUCGCAGGUCAAGUGCGUACUAAAUCUUGGGACUUUUUUUGAAAGUGUUUAAAUGCAUGCCUUAUGAAUUCUCUUACGGAUCAAACAAACGGAAAUUUCAAUUGUAUGUUUCCUAAUAACUUUUUAAUUUGUGUUGGUGUUUAUUGUGAGUAAGUCUAAGUGACCCAGGCUAGUGGGGGAUUGGGUUCCAACAACCCAAAAGCUCUAAUCAUGAAGCAGUGGCGGUAAUAAUGAACGUAGUGGAAACCCUGUAUUCCAAUUUGUUGCCACUGUUUCUAAACAAACCGAAAAUGUUUUAUCUUGAACUCAUAUCUAGUUCGCUGUACAUUUCGCUCUGUGUGAGUGAGUGGGGGUGGGGCCAGCACGCGGCAUCUGGUCUGUGUGAGUGUAAACGCUCCCAGACACGGGAGAGGAGACAUUCUUAAGUAUACAAACACGCAAGUAAAGACAAUGGGCAAUUUAUCAAGGUCAGCAAAACCAUUGACUACAUGUUAAUAUAUUGUAUUAUACGUCAGUAUAGCAAUUAUCGUGAAAGGCCUAUCUGAAGUCCCAGCAGCAUAAUAACAAAAACUGUAAUGUGACAUAGAUACUUUAUCAUUUUUGCUAUAUUAUGUAGCAUCACUAUAUUUAAAUGCACUUACCUUUCAUUUUCAACAGUGCACAUUAUAGGUCAAAGCUGUCACUUAAGACAGAAAGCUGCUGUCUAGAUUUUUUUUCAAUACCUUUUCAAGUUCUGACUUUUUUUAGACGGAGCAUGUUUCAUGAUGGGUACCUUUCAGGUAGAUGUGUUACGUAGAUUAAAUGCUUCUGAACCCCAUACACUGUAUUAACUGAGUUAGAAUAGCGCUGGUUUUGAGACUUCAAAACUGUCCAAAGUGGGUGAACCAGUUUGAAAUUCCUGCCAGCUUUGUAAUUGCUGUGGCUUACAUCCUCAUCUAUUUCUUCCCUCCUGUGAUGCCCUCUGCCUCUUUUGUGCCUCUCUCCCCGUGUGGGGCCUCAGAGGGAUGCAGUAGCUGUAUUUAUCCUUAAACAUCCGACUGCUGUAAACAUGUUGAGUUAUUGGCACACUACCAACUAUGUCACUGGUCUCAGGGCCGCUGCCUUUCCCUUUUUAAUAGAUAAAUUACCAUUUUCCUACAUGUGUCAUCUCACACAACCCACACUCAGGUGCUCAUUCAAUGUUAUAUGUUAAAAUUACCAUCGCUCUUGGCAGUAGGCAUUAGUAGAAACUUUUAAGGGUGAGAUAAAAGUAUGUCAAGCUAGUGUAAAGUUGCAAAAUAAUUGUAUUGAUCACAUUAGUGACGGAGUAGCCACGUUCCAGACCUGAGACACUAAGAAGAUACAUGUAACUAUCUCUACACUUUUCUGCAGCGACAGGUCUAACCAUUGGUUGCAGAUGGAGAUGGAAAUGUACUAGAGACAAUUAUUAAAGGAACACACAAGCAUUUGCCAUGCAUGUUUCAUCACAUGCAACCUGGGAAUAAGUAAUUACGGUUUCAGUACGAUCAUAUCUUGAGCUUAAGUAGAUAGAUAUUUGAGUCUUUACAGCAGAUUGAAUUUAUGUCAGAAAAUCACAUGUGUAUCCAAAAAGCCAUAGAUGUGAGCCUGCUUGAUCUCUUGACCCAUGUGUAACUGGGUUUUGGUACCCCUUGUGUAUGUGCGCACUUCCUUUGUUGGGCUUUGCCAGGACCAAUGAGUUACUUUUGGAGUAAGAACAUUUUGUGUUGUCCCCACAACUUGAAAUGGCUGUUUGAUGGUUAAGAGAUGGUUAGAGGUUUUGGUUAUAAUCAGUUUUAGGUUAGGUAAAGGGAUAGUUCACCCAGAAAUGAAAAUUCACUCAUCUACUCAGCCCUAUGCCGAUGGGGGGAGGGUGAAGUGUUUGAGUCCACAAAACGCUUUUGGAGAUUCAGGGGUAAGCAGUGUAGCUGAUUAGUCACCCAUCUUCAGACGUGAUAAAACAACUGAAAAACCAUAACAUGCCUCCAUACUGCUUGUUUGGUGUCAUUUAAGUGUCUGCAAGCCUCGACCUGCAUAUUCGACCUCAAAAUGAUGUAAUUAAUAUUGUGUUUUUAGCCUUAAAGUUCAACAGGAAGUGUGUUUUUUCUGUUUUAUUACAUCUGAAGGAGUCACUAUUGAGUUCACUUAUUAUCAGUAUUGGAUUCUGCUGUAACAAAGUUUACCCCUGAGACUCCAGAAUUGUUUUUGUGGACUCAAACAGUUCACCCACCCCUCCAUCACCAUAGUGAUGAGUGGAUAAUGAGUGAAUUUUCAUUUUUAGAUGAACUAUCCCUUUAAGGGGUGAGGGCAUAUAUAAUGUCAAAGCUUUCCUUGCAAAGAUAGAGAUCCAUAUGUGUGAGUGUUUUUUGUCUGCAACUGUUUGACACGCUUUUACCAGUUCCUAUUGCAAACAAUACAGAUGCAAAAGUCAAAGCAAACCAUAUCUUAAAUAUAAGAUAAAUACACGUUUUCAUGCACAUUAAGACCUCAGUCCUGUAUCAUUGUAAGGAAGGUAAACGCACUUUGCGAUAUAUGUAUCAGUAUUUGUGUCUGAGGCAGAGAUCAUCCCUAUCCCACAUUUCCAAAUUUUCAUAGUGGAAGAAGGCAACCCUAGUGACAGUACAUAAGCUAGGGUCAUUGGAAGGGCAUUGUGUCAAUGUUCUCCCUGUUUCGUUCUUUUCAAAGUGUGCCACAUAAUCGGAGCAGGUUGUAAUUCUGCUCAGAUUUUGCGUGGUUUGAAUCUCUGACUUUACUAUAGAGAGCUGCAUAUAAUCUAUAAAGGUCUUCCAGAGCACUUGUUUUCUUACCUUUUCUGAUGUCACCCACUACUCCAAGGUUGGGUUGUUGGAUCGAAGAGCUUCUGAUGUACUAAGACUGAAAGGUAACUCUUCCUGGUCUCGUCUGUGUAGAGGAUCAAUAAUCCAGAGAAGCAUAAGUUAGGGAGCAGCUGGUCUGUUAAGAAUCAGGUCUCCUUUUAACAGAGUCGCACUGUAGCAUGGCAAGAAUAUUGGAACCAGCAACCUUCCAAUGCAUCCUCCACUCAUGAAAAUGAUCAUGUAGUGGAUAUGUAGGAGCCCCCCAGCCGGACGUUGCGAGCUAUUGAUGUGAUAUCUGAAAAAGAUAUUUACUGAGAGAAAUGGUGGGAUGAUGCUCUAUCGUCUGCCUUAAUUCCACAAACUGUAUAUUGAAGGAACUCUACAAUUUCAAUUGUAACAAGCCUCAUUGUUGCACCAAUGUCUUAAAAUGCUACUGUUGUGCCUCUAAAGAGUUUCUAAUCUCUUGACUGGGUUUAAGCACUUAUGACAUUUUAAAAAUGAUUAAUUUGAUCUGUACCUCAAACAUGCAGAACUGUUGGUUUCUGUUAUUUGUAUUUGCUAGUAGUUUGUUUGGCUCUCAUGCCGUUAGAUCAAAACUAUAAAGGUAGAUUUUAUGAAUCUAAACUCUUUAUCUAGUGGCAGACAUUGACAUUAUAAUUCAGUCAAACUUUCUACCUCUAUUUUUUCAUAUAUCUUUCUACAAAAUCAUUAGAAAUAGUUUUAACCUGUAACAGUUAGGCAGUUUAUACCACUGGUGAAGGGGGAUAUGUUUAAAAAUCUACUUUGACGGACCGGGUACACAUUUAUAUCUGAGUGUCUUCCAGAGUCAAACAUAGUUCUCUGUACUUGCCUUUAAUGAUAUUUCUACUUAUGUACUACCUCAGAGAAGAGACAGGUGACUGUCCAUCUAACUGCAGAGAAAAUGACUGUAAAGUAAUAUUUGUCAGAACAAGCACAUGAACUUGAUAGCUCAAUAGUUUUACUUAGGGUGGCUCACAUCAGAAUGUCUAGCUUAAUGAGUGCCACAUUGUGUCGCAUCACAUUACAUUUGUUGUGUUAUUAAGCUGCGUCUCUGCCUCUUCUGUCUAGAAUGUUUACUGUGUCAAAGAAUAGGGGCCUCAGUCUAACGAUAUUCCACAGCUUUGGACCUACAGAUACCCACUCAUAGCACUUCACCUGAAAGUAGUAUCCACUUACCAUUUGUGAUACAUUUCCUCAAGAACAAUGUUGAAAACUGUCUGUUUACUGCUUCUCCAGUGUAAGUGUUUGCUGUAUAAUUGCUUGAAAACCUUUUCGUUUUGUUUACUUAUCAAUCAGACAAAAGGGACAGUUUGAACACAUCAGGGUGGGCUUAGGAAAUGCUUUGGGGACAUUUGUCCUUAUUGUCCAACAUUUUAUAGAAUGAACAGUUAAUGAAGCACUUGCAAAAACAACCUACACUCUCCCUCUCACCUGCUGAGGGAUUUGGCAGGUAAUCACAAAUGCUACAUCCUCUGGUUACCAGUGGCAUAGUGACGAUCAGCUUGGCUAGCUCCUCUUUUGUAGUAGACCACACAGGACAUAUAUCUGACUUGGACCUUGAAUCAUUAAAAUGUUACAUUAUUGGAUUGGUUCAUUUGUCCUGUUGCUGUGUAGCUGAUGACAUGUUUGAAGAUGGCAAAGUGUGUUUGUACAGUACAACAGUCAAGCAUUCUAGACAGAAUGUGGAGAGAACAUAGCACCAGGUUUCAUUUCACAAGGCCAUCAUUCACUACAUCAUGUUGGCUGCAUUUAGGUUGGCUCUGAGAACCACCAGAUGCAGGUUACUUUAAUUUUAACUUUGACAGGUUUUACUAUAGGUGUUUGUAUUAUCACUUAAUAGACUAGAGAACUGUGAAAAUGGAGUUUUCAUUUUUUUUUAUUAUCUGAAUACAAAGUAAUACAAAAUAAAUAAAUAUUUAGAUUUCCA